GCACGUAUCUCGACCCUCGAACUUCAGCCGUUACCGUGGAACCGCUAAAAAUAAUCCAAACACAUCAAGUAUGUUUACAUUCCGAAAUUACCUGUCAGAUGAGCAUCCAUGUCAAAAUUUUGAGAAAAUGGAUGACGACGAGAAUCAGUUCGUGGUUGAGGACGUCAGUAAAAUUAUCAAUGAUACCAUCGAGGCCACAAUCGGCGGAAACACCUACCAGCAGGACAGAGUGAAUCAGUGGAGCGCCGCAGUGUCGGAGCAGUGUCUGAGCGCGCUCAGCAAGCUGAAGAAGGCCUUCAAGUAUGUGGUUACCUGUUCGAUCAUGCAGAAGAGUGGCGCAGGAUUGCACACUGCAAGCUCCUGCUAUUGGGAUAGCGCCACCGAUGGCACCUGCACGGUGCGAUGGGAGAACAAGACAAUGUAUUGCAUCGUUUCCGUCUUCGGUUUGGCCAUCUAGAGUGCAUUUCAUUCAUUCAUUCAAAAUACAACUCGAACUUAUAAACACACUACAUCGUUCGUAAGAUUUUAUUUUUCAGUCUACAAU